AAUGCCCCUCCCUCUCCUACCCGGGAACUGCGUGCUUGGUCGUUGAUUGCCCAUCUCGACUGGGCCGGGCUCAUCCAGUCUGUCGCGCGUACAAAUAGCGAACCCGUUAUCUCGGAUCUUUCUUGCGGUAGUGGCGCGUCGCACGACCGUCGACACACGCAUCGCGAGUCUGCACGGAGCUCGCCCCCCAUCCGGCAUACCGGCACAAACGGACCGUAGAACAGAGCGCACGCGACGUGGAUACGUCGACCUCCCUGCGAUCGCACCAGAAGAUGGCAGACCGCAAGCUCAACUUCUCGGCAGGACCUUCAGCCGUACCGCUGGAAGUACUUCAAGUGGCGCAGAAAGAGAUGCUGAAUUAUAAAGGAUGUGGAGCCAGCGUUAUGGAACUGAGUCACCGGUCAGCUGAGUUUGCAGAAAUUGUGGAGACUGCCGAAGCCGACCUAAGAGAUCUGAUGGGCAUUCCUUCAAACUACAAAGUAAUCUUCAUGCAAGGUGGAGGCACUGGCCAGUUCAGUGCCAUCCCACUCAACCUGUGUCCACGAGGCAAAGAGCAAAAGGCUGACUAUGUCGUCACAGGCACUUGGUCAGCCAAAGCAGCCAAGGAGGCUGAAGCUCAUAUCCAGGUCAACAAAGUCCUUCCAAAGGUUGACAAACACGUUGGCAUUCCACCACAGAGUGAGUGGAAAUGCAGCCCAGAUGCAGCCUACCUCUACUACUGUGACAACGAGACCAUUCAUGGCGUCGAGUUCAACUUUGUCCCCGAGAGUGGAUCUGUGCCCUUGGUGUGCGACAUGUCUUCCAACAUCUUAACAAAACCUGUUGACGUGUCAAAGUAUGGCAUCAUCUUUGCUGGCGCCCAAAAAAACCUUGGCAUGGCUGGCGUCACAGUUGUCAUUAUCCGAGAAGACCUGAUCACCCCACCAUCGGCCCACUGCCCGAGUGUGCUCAGUUACAAGAUAAACGCUGAGAACAAGUCGUUAUACAACACACCUCCCACAUAUGCCAUCUACAUCCUGGGCCUGGUCCUCAAGUGGGUCAAGCAGAAUGGCGGUGUAGGAGGCAUGGCAAAGCGAUCAGCAGAGAAGUCCAGGCUCAUUUACGAACUUUUUGACCAGUCUAAUGGCUUUUAUGUGUGCAACGUGGACCGUGCACAUCGAAGCCGUGUUAACAUUCCAUUUCGUAUCGGAGGAGCACAAGGCGACGACGAGCUUGAAAAACUUUUCCUCAAAGAAGCCGCCAAAAGAAACAUGAUUCAACUGAAGGGACACAGAUCGGUUGGUGGCAUUCGUGCAUCAGUUUUUAAUGCCAUGAGCGUGGAAGCACUCGCACCAUUUUUGGAAUUUGCUAAAGAAUUCGAAAAGGAGCACCAUAAAUAGCUUCAGCAUCACAACCAUUCCAUGGAAGCCGCACGACAACGGAGUCACAUUGCCCAGACCCAGACUACUUUAGGGUGGCCACAGCGACUAGUGCUGUGGGCCCUAAGAAUACGAGUACACACAGUGUGGAUUGUUAGCGCAUGCAUUUUACAGUUUAUACAGACAAGCAGCUUAUUAAACAGUGCCUUGGAACUUUU